AAAACGGGGUUCCGGUUGAUCAUGCGUCGCACUUGAGCGCAUGAAAUCACAAAGAAAUGUAGUUCAUACAUCAUUUUUCCGCUCGUACGUGCAUAUCUCCUCCUGUCUUUCACCUAAACUGAAGUUGAAAGAAAAACAUCAAGAAAAGGUGAACUUUUAAAGAAUUGUAACUAAGCACGGGAUGCUGGCAGUAUGCCAUCUAUAGCACACACAGAAUAUGGAAUUAAAGAUGUCUGGCAAAACAACAUGGAAGAGGAGUUUAGGAAGAUACGCCAUGUUGUACAAAAAUACAGAUAUGUUGCCAUGGACACAGAAUUUCCUGGAGUUGUAGCACGGCCGAUAGGAGAGUUUAGGAAUGCUGCAGAUUUCCAGUACCAGUUAUUAAGAUGUAAUGUAGACUUACUCAAGAUCAUACAGUGUGGUAUAACAUUUUUAGACGAGAAUGGCGAUACACCAUCACCCAUAUCAACAUGGCAGUUUAACUUCAAAUAUAGUUUAGUGGAAGACAUGUUUGCACAAGAAUCAAUAGAUUUACUACAGAAUUCUGGGAUACAGUUUAAGAAACAUGAAGAGGAAGGCAUUGAAGUGUAUGAAUUUGCUGAGUUGUUAAUGACAUCUGGUAUAGUGCUAAGUGAAAAUGUCAAGUGGUUGUCAUUUCACAGUGGAUAUGAUUUUGGAUAUUUAUUGAAGUUAUUAACAGAUCAGCCUUUACCAUCAGAAGAAUCAGAAUUCUUUGAAUAUUUGCGGAUUUACUUCCCUAAUAUUUAUGAUGUUAAAUAUUUAAUGAAAAGCUGUAAAAACUUAAAAGGAGGUUUACAAGAGGUAGCGGAACAGUUAGAGAUUGAAAGAAUAGGUCCCCAGCAUCAAGCAGGAAGUGACAGUUUAUUAACAGGGGCAGCAUUUUUUAAAAUGAGAGAGAUGUUUUUUGAAGAUAACAUAGACGAUGCUAAAUAUUGUGGUCAUUUAUAUGGACUUGGUACAUCUUAUGUUCAAAAUGGGACAGGUUACGAUAAUAAUGUGUUUGGUACAACAAAUCAUAAUUCUGUGACGCCACACGACGAAACGAACUCUGUAUCAAGUAAUUCAUAGAAUCACAUGCUGUGCAAUAUUUUGGAAUGUCUUUAGAAGAGUUGUCGUUACCAUGUUAAAGGCAAGAUCAUGUGACAUCAAGAACAACGUGGAAAAAUAAGUGGACUACCAAUGAGAUCAUGUGACUUAUCAGCAUGAAAAUAGGCAGCUAUUGUAUAGGGUUCAUGACCUUGUCCUUUCAUCUGACCUUCUGUGAUAAAUCAAACAGGGACAACCAUCAUGUCAUCAAGUGUCUCAGGUGUAACUAUGGUUACUAUAUUUCUAUAGAGAUAUUUCAAAAUGUUGUUCGAUGAACUCAUUUCUAUAUGUCCAUUGAAUAGAAAAUCCUUUUGAAACAAUUUUUUUUAAAAGCAGUACUAGAAGUGACAUUUCUAAGCAGCAGUAAUCAUGGUAAUUUCCAUCUAGAUAUUUGAAUAUCAGGGAAUAGUAAUUUUGGUAAUUACACAUUCUUAAAAGUAUUUAACAAAACCUCUAGCAUAAAGAACAGAUGAAUUUUUGGUACCUUUAUUAAUGAAAUACUCAAAAAUAAUCAAGAAAGUACUUUUUUGUUAAAAUACUCAAAGUUAAUCUAGACAGUUCAGUCACUACAACUGCUCAAUUGUGAUUAAUAAGAAUUUAACCUUAAAUCUGUUAUUCAUAAGAAUCUAACCUUAAAUAUAUUUUUUUGCAAAUGGACAUACAGAAGUGACUUUUUGUUGUAACAUUGUCUUUCAUCAUAUCAUGUACCAUCUCCGACAAUUUAUUCAGGGGACACAACUGGGGCCACAAUAUCAUGUACGAACUACAUUUCCAUGCUGACAGGAUGGAAGAAAAGAUGUAAGAUUAAUCAAAUUUAAUCUCCAUGCAACUAUAUUUGACAUUUAAAUAGGAUAAAUGAAUGCUAUCUUUAUUAUUGAAAUGAAAUAUUGUCAGAUACAGCUUUUAAUAUUGAAAAACUUCUUUAUAUUUGUAGACUUUCAGUCAGUAUCAUUCAAUGUGGAAUGUGUUAAUUAAGUAAAAGAAGUUAAAGCUGUAUUGAUAAUGAUUAUGACUAAAUGUAUUACUAUUUUAAGAUAAUAAAUAUAAAAUAUAGUUGCAUGGGGGAUAACUCCGUCUCAAGUGAUUGUUCUAAAAUUCCAUCAGUGUUUCUACUGAGGAUUGCUAAAGCGACUGUGAUAUUUUUGUGAUUUAUUUUUCUGAAGCACACUUUUUUGUUUUCAUUUUAAAUUGAAGCAGUUUCCAGUAUUUUUAUUUUUUCCAUCAGACUCCAUUAAUGUUUUACAUAAAACUAUAGAACUGUUAAUUGUAUUUUUGUUAAUGACCUGAAUGAUAUAUGUAAAAUAUAUUGACCUGAAAAAGGGUGAUAUCUUAAUUAUUCACUGGAUACCAGAUCUUCUUAUUUGUAAAACUCAUAAUUUUUCUUGCAUCGUAGAAAAAUCAAGAUUUUUGUCUCUUUCUCUCAAACCUAAAGUUUUUGUAUGUUCAAAGAUACUAAAUCAGAUUUCUAAUUUUUCUCAAUAUUUCUAGGAACUGAUCUCUUUAGAAAAUAUAUUUUUUAUUCAAUAUUAGAAAGAUUGAAGCAUAUAAACAUUUGACUGUCAUCUUGUUAGCUUGAGACAGAGUUCUUAUAUCGAAUUUACUUAACACAAAGUAGUAAAUAAAUAAAAUUAUUAUUGACAUUAAGUCUUAGCCUUGUCUUGGUUCAAGGACUUUCACAUAUUUCUUUAUUAUGAUGUAUAUGCAUACAUGUAUCAGUUAUAAUUUAAGUAACAUGAUGUCAAUAAGCAUUAUUUUCUUAAUCUGUGAAAAAUUGAUGAAUUUUCAAGUUAACAGUUUUAGAAAAUGAAGUGUUGAAUUUCUGUAUGUAUAUUGUAAUUGUUAUUUGCAACCCUUUGUAAAUCUGCAGUAUUUUGUUUUUGAUCAUAAAUCUGUACUUUUGUUAGUGGUUUUCCAGAGUUACAAAGGAUAUAUUGAUAAUUGUAUUUUUAUCCUCUUCUCGCCAUCGUCUACACAAUUUUAAUCUUGUCAUGUAAUAAUGCCAAAAUAAUUUCUUUUAUAUUUUUGUACGUCUAUCUAAACUUUUUAUUUUAAUCUUUUUAUCAAGUGGAAAUGAUGGACUCUAGUGCAAUAUAUAAUUCAUUCAUUGUGGAUAUCCUAUGUCAUAAAAUGUGAUCUUUUUUGUAUUUUUGACAUUGAAUUAUCAAAUUGUGAUGAGAUAUGUGUAUUUGCAGGAAUUUGUUAUGUCUUUUGUACACACCAUACUGUUUGUGCUACCAACAUGUAUUACGCAAAAACACUAUUCAACACUAUGCAGGGGCUAUACUAGUUUCUUAUUUCUUAUUCAUUAGAGCUGGAAAUAUAUGUAACAAUAUUUUAAGAGUGGUCAAGUAUUUAGAUAAAAAGGGGUCAUGGCAACAAACUUUCUGGUAAACUUCCUUAAACCAAACCUGAUACAGGACAGACAAAUGCUCAGACUAUAAAACAUUAAUCCCCCUAAUUUUGUUCUCUGUAGCCAGCUCUCUACAUACACUUGCUACCAUGAUAUACCCAAGAGUUAGGAAAGUUGUGUUAAACACCAACAAAUAAAAAAAUUUAAGCAGGCAUAAAUGUAAAAAAAAUAUGUAGUCAUUGACCUGUUUUGAGGGGAAAAUGUUUUAGUACUUAAAGCUGAUCAAUGUUUUUAAAUCUUACAUGGAAUUUUAUAAACUGAAAAAUGGAUUAAUAAAAAUUCAUUUGUCUAAAUAUUUAUGGACUCAAUAUCUAUUAGAUUGAUUGGUUUUUGGGGUUAUUGGUUGCUUAACGUCCACUGUUACCUUAUUUAGAAGAAAUCAUAGUUGAUUUUCUUUUCAGAUUGAUUCAUAUUGCUCAAUAUCGGCAGCAGUUAAAUUCACACCAUUGAAACGUAACCCUGAAAAUGUAUCAUUUAUACAUUUUGUAAUUCUUUCAAAACUUUCAAAACUUUAUACUUCUGUAUAAAAAUAUUGAUGAAACGAAAUAAAAAGACAUGACAAAUUCCUGCUAUAAAUAAUUCAGGUUUUUAUAUUACCAUGUAUUGUUCAGUAUCAUGACAUAAGAAAUUUAAUCCACAUACAUUAUGCCAUGUUUUUACCAAUUUUAUAUGGGAAAUCUGCUUUGGAAUUUUAGAAUGAUUGCUUCAGAUUUCUGUCUUAUUUUAAAUGAACUUUUAGCUUUUAUUUAGUAUUUAAAAAGAAAGAUGUGCAGUAUUGUUAGCAUUGAUAUUUAUGGUGAAGAUUUACAAUGGGAAAAUUAUCAUUAAAAUGAAUAAAAUAACUCAAAAUAGUAUUGGAAACAAUGAGUAAUAUUUUAAAAAUGAAAUUUAACUUGUGGCUGUUUCUUGCAUAAAAAUAUCAGAUUUUUUUCAUUUCUUCUUUUGGCGGUUGUACUAAAAUUUGUUUUGAGUAUAUAUGCAAAAUAUUAUCUGCUUCAAUGAGAUGUUCCCUUGUUUUAGAAAUAACUUUGAUGAACAUAUUGGUUUAACGAACAGUCCUAUGAAAAAAAGAUAGCAUCCAUUAAAUUGUUCAUCAUUAUUUAUAGAGAAUUAUUAUUUAUUGCUAUAAAUUGUACUUUUAAUAAUGAUAAUAAAUAAUGCCUAACAGUAUUGUACAUUUUUUAGGUUAAUAAGUUAAUAUUAUUAUUUCAUGUAUUUACAGAAUUCUAUAUCUGUAAUCUUGUUUUUUGUCGUAUCUUUAUUUUAAGACGUCCUGUUCACAUGCUGUUUAUGCAAAUGGGAGAUAACUCUAUAUUGGAAUUGUUUCAUUUUUGGUCAGCAAAAUAAUGAUCUCAGAAAUUCAUUUCUACAUAGUUCCUCAUACAUUACAGAGUUACCUCCCAUCAAUUAACACAGAUUUGUUUUGCAUAAUUUAAAUCAGCUGAGUCAAGCUUUUAUAUGCUAUGUGGACAAAGAUUUGAUUGAGGUAUUGUUUAGUGCUUAAUUUUAUGCCAAAUUGAUUUGUAGUUCUCCAAAAUGUUGGUAUCCACCCAACUCUGAUUACUUUGUAUAUAUAUAUAAUGAAGAUGUUGGGUUUUAUCAUCCCUGACUAAAUAUGUCUGUAAUUUAACUUGUAUUGAUGUUUUUAUUUUAAUUGUCUUGUCAUCAAGAUCGUGAGCAAAAAUUAUUAUAUAAUUCUUUGAUCUAGAAAGAUUGUAAUGGAAUUGUGGGAAAGCAUCUCCUUUAAACCAAAGCAAAACAAUUGUGAAUUCUUGUUUUUUCCUUUCACAAUUAAAAUUUUUGUCCUUGAUGAUUACUAAAAUUAGAGAGAGAUAAGUUUCUGUAUUGUAUAAUGUAGAUACAAGAAACAAGACUGUCAAAAAUAAGUCGUACAUUUUUCUGCUCGGCAACUGUACAUAGACAACACAUUUAAUGACCUGAUAUCUGUCAGCUUUGUUUUCACUUCGAGGUAAUUCUGUUUCAACUUCAUAUAAUUAGUAUUAAGUACUGUUUGAAAUAUUUGCCUUUUAUAUUUAGAAAAGAAUUUUAACUAUUGUAUUUUCUUUUGAUAAAAAUAUCAGCCUCACCACAUUUUCAAAUUACUUCCUUCAAAUACUUUUCAGCAUUCCACACAACUUUCCUUCAAUAAGAUCAGUGGAAGUAUCUAGACAUAACUGAUUUUCGAGUUGAUUUUUAAGAUGACAAGAGUUGAUAAAAACAUCUAUACAAGUUUUGUAUGUAGUACUAACCUUUUGAGUGACAUCAGCCCAUUAGUUAAGAAAGUUUUUGUAUGUUUUAAACAGCUUUGUUCAUGUGAGAUCAUUUGUUUUUAUUUAAGAAGGUUAUUGAUCAUGUUUAGAAAUUGAAGUUUUUAAUUGACAAUUCACACUCAAUAUUUGCAUAUUAAAUUAUUAAUGUUCAAAUUUUUUUAAUAUCUAUAAUAGUAGUAGUAAUAGCUGCUUGUUAAAUAUCAAGGUUACUUUCCAUGUUUUUAAUAUUAACUCCAUUUUCUAAACAUGAUCAUACACCAUUCUGGUUCUAGGGCUUUCAAUCUUUUUGAGGGAGGUUUUAAAUUAGUUCGUCCCAUUUAAUUAUAUGUUUAUUAAUUUUAUUUUUUCUAUUUUAAUUAAGAUAUUCAGGAUUGAAGAGUGUUGGAAUCAAACAUACAUGUCAUGUAUUUGACAGGAAUUAUAUAGAUAUUUCCAUCUUAUAAAUAUAUAUAUACCUUCUGAAAAGUUUUUGCUUUUAUAGAUGAUUUAGUUUUAUGUAUGUUCAAUCUAAUUAUAUCAAAAUAAUAUACAUACUAAAAGUUCCAAUAAAUAGCUGUAAAAAGCUAUCUGAACAAUUGUAAAUAUAAUUCCCCCCCUUGUUUUCUUUACAAACUAUAAAAUCAUGUGAACUGAAAUUAUUCUUUUAAUGCAAAUUUGUUAGUUUUAAUAUUGAAUUUGUGAUUUUGCUUUUUACAAUCUUGAUUUUUAUUAUUUCUGUCUUUAAAAUUUGAAAAAAAUGAAUGGUCAGUAUGUGUGUAUGGAAGUGGCUGUUUAGAAAAAGAUACUUGAAUGGAUUAUUUCCCUUGUCGGGAAGCUUUGGGGCUGGUGUCUGUGGCCCUUACUAUGUAUAUUUUAGUGUAAAUGUGGACCUGGUUGUCUUUUUAUGAAUUGUAAAUAAAAUUUGUGGAUGACCAGUCCAUAAAACAUACAGCAAAAAUAAAA